CUUAAAAAGCCAUCGCUAACAAGCGUCCUGCUAAGGGCACUUGUAAGUCGUAACCAUCGCUAACAACUACCAAGUCAUGGGGUUUGUUUUCUAAACCCUAAACCCCUACCAGCCGGCGUUGGCGAAAGAAGCCAUCGAACUCCAAUGGCGGACGGUGAGCUGCGGAAGACUUUCCCUGUAAAACCACGGCUGAAAUCUACUCCAAAAAAUCCCUCGUCAUCCCCUGAAUCCAAAUACUGGAGAUCAUUCAAGACUCAGCAAAUUUCCGGCCUCAUCUCGGCUAUCACCUCCAUCGAUUUCUCCCCGGAACCCCCACACGACUUCGCCGCUACCUAUUCUGCCUCCGUAACCAUCUACGAUUCCCAAACCUUUGAACCCAAAGCGAAAAUCUCCGAUUUCACCGAUGUCGCUUACUCUGCUACUUAUCGUUCCGACGGAAAGCUCCUGACCGCGGGAGGCGAGUCUGGACUCGUCCAAGUCUUCGAUCUCAAGAAACGGAUUCCCCUGCGUCAGCUGCGCGGCCACUCUCGCUCGGUUCGACUCGUUCGGUACCCAGGACUGGAUAAACUCCACCUGUUCUCAGGUGGCGACGAUGCUCUCGUCAAGUACUGGGAUGUCGCUUCAGAGACCGAACUAAUUAACUUUCAAGGCCAUAAGGACUACGUCCGAUGUGGGUUUGCUUCGCCUGCUAGUUCGGACAUGUUCGCGACUGGGUCGUAUGAUCAUACAGUUAGACUUUGGGAUGUCCGCGUUUCUUCUCUAAGCUCGGUUUUGCAGCUUAAUCAUGGAAAACCGGUGGAAGACAUUAUUUUUCUUCCAUCUGGUGGCUUAAUUGCGACUGCUGGUGGGAAUUCUGUUAAGAUAUGGGAUGCCAUUGGAGGUGGGAAGCUUGUUUAUACCAUGGAGAGUCACAAUAAGACGGUGACUUCGCUUUGUGUCGGUAAGGUCAGAAAGAAUGGUGGUGAGCAGUCUCAACAAUUCAGGCUUUUGAGUGUGUCAUUGGAUGGGUAUAUGAAGGUUUUUGAYUUYUCGGCAUUGAAGCUCGUCCAUUCAAUGAGGUACCCCGCACCACUUCUGUCGAUGGGGUUCUCCCCUGAUUGUUCUGCCAGAGUUAUUGGUACCUCCAAUGGUGCCCUUUUUGUUGGGAAGAGGAAGAAAGACCCAAGUUCUGGUGAUAAUGAUAUUCCAGGAAUGGAUAAAUUUUUGGGUUUCGGUUCAUUGGAGGAGCCUGAGAGUCGGGUCUUAAAGCCUACAUAUUUUCGGUACUUUCAAAGAGGACAGAACGAAAAGCCCUCGAAAGGGGAUUACUUGAUUAAGAGACCGGCAAAGGUGAAAUUGGCAGAGCACGAUAAACUCUUGAAGAAGUUUAGGCACAAGGAAGCUCUAGUUUCUGCGUUAAAUGGGAAUAGUCCGCAGAGUGUGGUGGCGGUUAUGGAGGAAUUGGUGGCUAGGAAGAAGCUGCUAGGAUGUGUAUCAAAUUUGGAUAGAGAGGAGCUUGAGUUGCUCCUUCGGUUUCUACAACGGUACUCAACAAUGCCAAGAUACUCGGGCUUCUUGCUGGCAUUGUGCAAGAAGGUUCUUCAGUUGAGAGCUGAUGAUAUUAUGGCUGAGGAUGUCUUGAAGGGCCACAUUAGAAACCUCAAGAGCUCGGUAGAGGAGGAGAUAAGAACACAGCAGUCAUUGCAGGAGAUACAGGGUAUUAUAUCUCCUUUGUUGAUGAUAGCUGGAAGGAGAUAAAUGUGAUCUCUCUUAGCUUGUUUUAGAGGAUCAAUGUGGAACCCUGAAACCCCAUCAACAAUGAUUUCUGCUGGGCCUCCUUGAUUGGUUGCAAAGGUGGGUAGUCCACAG